CCGGGUAUUGUACAUGCGUUGCCAGCAUAGGCUUGUGAAGGGCACGUACAUGGGGAAUACCAUACGAUCGAAAGCUUCCUUAAUACGCACGUUCAUUGACUCGCAAUAUCAUCAACGGAUAGCGGGCUGAUUAUUGAUGAACACGGUCUUUUCCUGAAACAGCAGUUACUGAGACAGGCGGUUACUGAAGAAGCUGGUAUACUACCGAGUAGCGCAGUCGAGGAAGCGCAAGCAAGUGAGCUCACUGCUCAUUCAGGACAUCGAUCAUCAUGGCCACUGUCUGCUUGCUGUGUCUGCUACUCCUGCCAUUGACUUCGCGAGCCGUGAUACAGAUUAAAUCUGAUGGUGGAUAUGAGGAUAUCGUAGUUGCCAUCCACUCGUCCAUCCCUCCCGACGAGAGAGUCAUUACCAACAUCAAGUCCCUCUUCAGCAGUGCUUCAGACCUCCUUCACGACGCGACCAAUGGGCGCGUCUACUUCAGUCAGGUGACCAUCUCUGUUCCCAGCACGUGGCCACAGCGCCCCGAGGCAGAAAGCGUCAAUUCCGACUUCUUUCAAUACGCGGACAUUCGUGUGAAAGAGCCCAAUCCUCACUAUGGUUCGAUACCUUACACUCUUCAACCAAGAAGGUGCGGUGAGCCAGGGGAAUAUAUUCAUCUGACGGCAGAUUUUCUUCUUAAUGCAAUGGCUUCCAAGGAAAGGCCAUACGAUACCCCAGCAUUCCAGUUGUUGCAGCAGUGGGCUCACUUCCGCUAUGGCAUCUUCGAAGACUACGGUAUUCAAGAUGACAUCUUGUACCCUGUCUUCUACUGUUCACAUGACAAGGUUCGUGCCAACACAUUUCCUCGACACGUCCCGUUUCACCCAGAGACUAGAAACGGAGCCACGUGCAAAAUCUACCGUAACUGCAGAGUCUCCAAAGAAUGCGUCGCCGCUGCACUCCCACAUGAUGCCACUCUCGCACAAUCCUCUGCCAUGUACAUACCGAAGCCGGGUGAAGAUGAACCGCAGUACGACAGCUUUUCCCCGACCAAACAAAACAUCAUUUGUAGACGAUCGCCGCCCUUCGGGGUCAUCCGAAGACAUUCGGAUUUUAAUGGGUUGGCGAAACCACAGCUUGUCAAUAAUGUGACCGAAGUGAAAUUCAGAGAGGUCCAACAGAGUACACAGAACCCAGAGCGAGUUGUUAUGGUCUUGGACGUAUCCGUCAGCAUGAAUGAACACGAGCGCAUGGAGUAUCUCAAACGGUCAGCGAGCUACUUCGUGAAGAACUUGGCCCCAGACUACCUGCAGCUGGGCAUAGUUACAUUCAGUCGCAGCUCCACGGUACUGCAAGAACUAGUGACGGUGGACAGUCGUACCAGGCAAAGGCUACUCGACCUCAUUGCUAACCUUGCCAUGGAUUCUGCAACAGCCAUCGGUCAAGGACUGCAAACUGCAUUACAGGUCUUACAACAAAAUGGAACUUCGACCGAAGGGACAUCCAUAAUUCUAAUGACUGAUGGCGAAGAGAAUGUGGAGCCAUACAUUGAGACUGUCCUGCCUUCGCUGGUCGACGCGAAAGUCCAUGUGAGCGGCCUGGGAUUAGGCGCUGAAGCUGACAAGCAACUGGAAACUCUAGCCGAUGUCACGGGUGGCAGGGUGUUUUUCUUUAAGGACAGGCAGGAAAAUAUCGAGCUGGCAAUGGAGUCUGCGUUUCAAGAUUCUGCAACGAUACACCUCGAAGAGUAUCGCAAGCCCAUUAUAGUGCUUGAGAAUUCUCUGCACGUCGCCAACGACAGCAAGGUACAUUUUACGAUAGAUGACGACUUGGGAAACGACACGGCUGUAACAAUAGUGAGCACGUCACUCGAAGACAUAGAAAUUACCCUUCUCGAACCUUCGGGAGACCCGUGCUCCACGUGCCAAAACAAAACAGAUACCGUGCUUUCGAAACGCAUGACCAUUACAGUCCCAACUCCAGCAAAGAACGGAACAUGGACACUGAUCACGUCCUGUAAGAGUACCGAUCCAGUCCACAUCAGUGUGCGCGUGUCGUCCAUAGCUAAAUCGAAGGAAGCAGAGCCAAUCCGUCUUCGGGCUUUCUUGAAUCGUCCAAUUGUUACACAUCCUGAAGAAGCACGGAUUUAUGCUGAGGUUACUAAAGGGAAAGACGCCGUUGCUCGAGCCAGAGUGCAGGCCAAAGUGACAAGGCCCAACGACGAUGCUGAUGUCCAAGUGGAGCUCUGGGACAACGGAUUUGGAGCGGAUGUGACCGCAGACGAUGGCAUCUACUCGUCCUAUUUUACACAGUUUACUGGCAUAGGGCGUUAUUCUGUUGAAGUCCGGGUUGAAAACGGUGGGUCCGCUCUACAGCUUACAGGACGGAGGGCUUCUGGUGCAGUUCCACCCUUCACCGCGGUCGUUGGCCUGGAUUCUCGAGAGGUGGCGAAGGAAUUUCCCAGAAGCACGUUUAGAUUCAUCGAUGCAGACAUUGCAGAGAUGGAAGACAUAAGCGGUGCACGUCUGCCAGAGUUUCAGCGUUUCGCAACAGGUGGUUCUUUUCGCCUUGAAGACGACAUUAAAGCAAUAUCCAAUCCUCCGAGUCCUAUCGAGGACCUCUCUGUUAUCAACGAACAGGACCGUUUCGAUAGCUAUGUAGUUACCUUGUCCUGGACCUGUCCCGGCCAACACUUCGACGUUAGUGGCGCCUCAUCCAUCGAAAUUCGAACCAGCGACAAUCUGACCGCUCUCCUAAGCGACUUCGAGUCCGGAAGGAACGUCACGUCGACUGUGCUGCACCCUGCCGGUACUCGGCAAGACCUCAUCGUCACGCUCCAAAAGGAUCACCUUCAACACCCCAAGCUGCCUUCUCCACAUACCGUGUACAUUGCUGCACGCGUACGGAACAGCGACGGCAUGGCCUCUGACGUGUCCAAUUUUGUAUCAGUGCAAUAUUAUUAUUCCACCCUCCUCAAACUAGGUGACUUUACGAUAGGCCAUUGGGCUGCGCUUCUGGCACCGUGUAUUUUGUUUGUGUUUUUAGUCAUUAUCCUUUUGUCACUUUCGUGCAGAAAGCGCCGUCCGAGGCCUACCUCUCUGCGCCUUGUUAGAAGGCAGCAAUCAGUAUCAACUCUGGGGCUGGUAGGAAACGAAAAUAGAGCGUCUGAUGUCUAGGGAAGUGAUCAUUGUGGGAUUAUCGCAAGAAGUCUGUCGCUGCUUCGGUGUGCAAUGUGGCCCAUUACAUCAUGCACACAUUCGAUUGUACGCUAGACUAAAGGGUCGGGGACUACAAUGGGGAGUAAUUGCCAUGUAGGAGAUUAGAAAAUAAUUCCUACCAGAGUAUUGAGGAAACAAGAAUAAUUUAUCUGCGGGUCGUACUUGGCGAGAUUUAAUACCUUGAACACACGUACUCGUCAAGCUCUGCCAUCAGAGCUCGGUCCGGCCAUUCCCAUUGGUUGUCGUAAGUACGUGACCCCUCUCGUUGGCGGAAUGAAGGUUCACGGCGAUCCAAAUAAUUAUAUUUAACAUUUAUCCGGAAUAACUUGAGACGAAGUGUCCCAACCUCAUGGGCUUGGUAAUAUAUUGCCCACAAAUUUUAGCAUUACCACAACGAAAAAAAAAGAAGUAAAUAAUGGCAUUGCGUUCACUGCGUGCAUGGGAAACGCCACUUCCGCUUCUCGGUGAUAUUCACAGAGAGGCUUAUGUUUAAAAUACGUAGCCACCGACAACCGCCGACGAGUCCUGGUGGACGAAGUAACCACCGAUUUUUCCCGCCGAAUUUCUGAGCAUCGUGAACGGAAAACCCCAGAUUAUAUGGUUAUGUGUCUGUUUCGUGUCGUUGUGCGUGUCGAGCACCCGUUUUCGUACGUCAAUUUUGAAGGUUCGGAUGCAACGUCGACGUUGCAUGAGGAUCUGCGGCGCCUUCAUGUUCUCACGAUAUUUAUGCAUGCAUUUCUGUAGCAUGUUGAACCUUGUUGUGUAAAUAAACGUUCCUUUAUCGUACCCUGA